GUUUCUGACAAAAAAAAAAACAAGCCCAAAAUAUCAAGCCUCUCUUCAAUGCUUAAAAUACUUGAAAAUACAGGUAUUACCUAAUAGCUUGUCUCUGCAAUCCUUCCAACAAAUUGAUAUCCUUUGUGUAUUAAGAGGUCAAAACUGCAUAUAAGUUACUUUUCACCAGAAUUUAUAACUGUCUUAUUCCUAAAUUGAGAAAUCUUGUAAAGAGAAUAAAGAAUAUAUUUUUUACUAUACAACAUGCUUAAACACUGGGAGAAGUUUUUUUUAUAUCUUAACAAUAAUGCAUGAAUUGUUUGUUUUUUUCAUAGCAGCAGUACCUCUUUUAAGCAGAAAGUAAGUUCUUUGCAAAUACCUGUACUCAAAAUGUAUGGUUUUACAUUACUCAAUAUAAAAGUUUUAUUUUCCGUUUUAGCCCAGUCGCUAAAAACUAGAAUAUACAUGUACAUGUAAGGGUAAUAGGGUUUAAACUUUUGAAACUAUGAUGAAGUAUAAUAACAUUGUGUAAUGGUUUGCGUAAUGAUAUGGUGUGUGUUAUUAACUUGUAUUUCUUUAAUUUUAUUGAAGAGGUCUACAGUGCUUUUGGAUUUGUUGAUUUUCUUUUUUGAACCUAGUUCCUUUAGCUCACACUAGUUGUGUGAGAUCUUUUCCCUAUCUCCAAAAUUACUAGGAUUGAAGACCCAGGCAGGUUUACAAGUGCUGGUAAUUAUAAACAGUUAUUGAAGAUAAAUUAGGAAGAAUAGCCAUGGAUAAACAACAAAAAGAUGAACGUUUUGCGAACAUUGAUAAAGAUCCACGCUUUCGAACUGUUCCUAGAAAAGAGAAAAAAAUUACAAUUGAUAAGCGUUUUCAAUCAAUGUUCAGUGAUAAACGCUUCAAACUCAAGUAUAUGAUGGAUAAGCGUGGUCGUCCUUUAAGUCAUACUAGCUCAGAAGACUUAAAGAAGUUUUACGAGUUAAGUUCUUCUGAUAGCAGUGAAAGUGAAGAUGAAAAAUUAAAGAUUAAAAAGAGGAACAAGAGUCGAAGCAUAAAAAAAACAGUGGAAAAAGUAUCAGAUGAGAUUGAUUCAGUACCUGAAACAGAAAUUAUUAAAUCCAGUGUUAAGACAAAGCCACAGAAAACAAGCACAAAAAAUGUUGAAGAUAAUGAAAUAAUAUACAAGAGUGUUUCAGAUGAAUCUGAAGAAGUGGAUGAAACGUCUGAUGAAAAUGAUGAAGAUUUAAACAAACAGUUAGAUUUUGCUCGUGGGGAGGGAAACGUGGAAAGUAGUACUACUGAUGACAGCAGUAAUGGAGAGGAAUCAGAAAAUGAAGACUUUGACCACAGAUGGGGAGAACUGGAUGCUGAUGCUCCAUCUGCUCAAGAAAUUACUCGACGCCUAGCUGUUUGUAACAUGGAUUGGGAUAGGAUUAAAGCCAAAGAUCUGAUGGUUCUAUUUACGUCUUUCAAGCCUCCAGAGGGAACUGUCAUUUCUGUUAAAAUUUAUCCAUCAGAGUUUGGCUUGAAAAGAAUGGUUGAAGAAGAGACUCGUGGACCUACUGAACUGUUUGGAGAAAAAAAGGAGAAUAAUGAUGAUGAAAAAAACUUGGAAGAAAUGCCAGAAAGAAAUAAAUAUUACAGAGAAAAGGUUCGUCAGUACCAGUUGAACCGAUUGAAAUAUUUUUAUGCUGUGGUGGAGUGUGACUCCCCAGAAACAGCAAGUAAACUUUAUGAAGAUCUAGAUGGAAAGGAGUAUGAGAAUAGUGCUGCUCAACUUGACCUCCGUUUCAUACCUGACAAUGUGAUCUUUGAACAGGAGCCAAAAAGUGUGUCAGAGUCACUUCCUGAAUUAUCUUCUUACAAACCUGAUUGUUUUACUACUACUGCACUGCAGCAGGCUAAGGUUCAGUUAACUUGGGAUGAAACUGACCCCAACCGAUCAAAAGCUCUUCAAGAAGCUUUUACUAAAGCUGAAGAAGACACUGAUUUACAAGCAUACCUUGCAUCAUCUUCCAGUGAAAGUGAGGAGGAAGGUGUCCCAUCAAAGAAACCUGUUGAAACUAAUGAAUUUAAGGCAAAAGAGACUGUGGCUGACCAAAUAGCCAAGUAUCGAUCCUUGCUCUUGGAAAUAGACAAUGAGGAAAAAGAUAAAGACCAAGAUGUGGAGAUGCAGAUAACAUGGGAACCUGGACUUAAAGAGACUGCUGAAGGCUUAGUAAAAAAGAAGAAGAAAGAAAAAGAAUUAACACCAUGGGAAGAAUACUUGGACAAGAGAAAAAAGAAAAAAGAAAAUGUGACAAAACUAAAUGAAAAACAACAAGGUACCAAUGAUGUUACAAAUGAGGAUCAACCUUUUAGUGAUGAUGAAGUUCCAUCUGAUCUAGAUCUUGAAAGUUCUUACUUCAAAGAAGAAUUUCUUAAGAGCAGUGAUAAAGAUAAGGUAAGAAAAAAAAAGGAACGAAGAAAGAAAUCAAAUCUUGAACCAGAAGAUGGUGAAUCAAAGGCCCAACUAGAACUACUGACAAUGGAUGAGGAUGACAAAAAACAUCAUUUCAGCCUCAAGAAGCUUCUUAAAGAUAAUGAAGUUCCAAAAAAAACUAAAAAGAUGAAGAAAAAAGGAGAGAUUAAGAAGAAAAGUGCUGAUGACUUUCAAAUGGACCUUGAAGAUCCCCGAUUUUCAGCUUUGUUUACAUCGCAUCUUUAUAAUGUGGAUCCAUCUGACACACACUUCAAGCAAACAAAAGGAAUGGAUGCAGUUAUUCAAGAAAAACAAAAACGUCGACUUGAACAAGACAAAGGACACCAGUUGAGUAGACUGCAGAACAAUAAAAUUGCUAAGACAGACAUUUCUGUUUCUGACUCUUCAAUUCCACUUCCCAAUCUUGUAAAAUCUGUCAAAAAUAAGACUCAAAAUUUCCAUUUUAAUAGAAGAAAAAAAUAAAUUUAUCAUUAUGUUGUGUUUUGUAUAUAUUUUAU